CGGCCCACGUGCCGCGUGACGUCAGGGCAGGAAGUGUUUGAGGAAGUGGCGCUGGGCUGGCGGGGUUGGGAUUCCCGCAUUUUCAAGUCUUCAGGGUGUGCCAGAGCCCCCCGCUUUGCCACACCCCAACAGCUGCUUCCAGAGUUAGCGGGGCGUCAAUAUGAGCUGGUCACCUUCCCUACCAACCCAGACAUGUGGGGCCUGGGAAAUGAAAGAGCGACUUGGGACAGGGGGAUUUGGAAAUGUCAUCCGCUGGCACAACCAGGAGACAGGUGAGCAGAUUGCAAUCAAGCAAUGCCGGCAGGAGCUCAGCCCACGGAACCGAGAUCGCUGGUGCCUGGAGAUCCAGAUCAUGAGGAGGUUAAGCCACCCCAAUGUGGUAGCCGCCCGGGAUGUCCCUGAAGGGAUGCAGAACUUGGCACCCAACGACUUGCCCCUGUUGGCCAUGGAGUACUGCCAAGGUGGAGAUCUCCGGAAGUAUCUGAACCAGUUUGAGAACUGUUGUGGCCUGCGGGAAGGAGCGAUCCUCACCCUGCUGAAUGACAUUGCAUCCGCACUUAGAUACCUUCAUGAGAACAGAAUCAUCCAUCGGGAUCUAAAGCCAGAAAACAUCGUUCUGCAGCAAGGAGAGCAAAGAUUAAUACACAAAAUUAUUGACCUAGGAUAUGCCAAGGAACUGGAUCAGGGCAGUCUUUGUACAUCUUUUGUGGGGACCCUGCAGUACCUGGCCCCAGAGCUGCUGGAGCAGCAGAAGUACACAGUGACAGUCGACUACUGGAGCUUCGGCACCUUGGCCUUUGAAUGCAUCACAGGCUUCCGGCCUUUCCUCCCCAACUGGCAGCCUGUGCAGUGGCAUUCAAAGGUCCGGCAGAAGAGUGAGGCGGACAUUGUUGUUAGUGAAGACUUGAAUGGAGCAGUGAAGUUUUCAAGCUCUUUACCCUACCCCAAUAAUCUUAACAGCAUACUGGCCGAGCGACUAGAGAAGUGGCUACAGCUGAUGCUCAUGUGGCACCCCAGACAAAGGGGCACAGACCCCCAGUAUGGGCCCAAUGGCUGCUUCAAGGCCCUGGAUGAUAUCUUAAACUUGAAGCUGGUUCAUAUCUUGAACAUGGUCACAGGCACCAUUCAUACCUAUCCUGUGACAGAAGACGAGAGUCUGCAGAGCUUAAAGGCAAGAAUUCAGGAAGACACAGGAAUCCCGCAGAAGGAUCAAGAGCUGCUGCAAGAGGCAGGUCUGGCGCUGAUCCCUGACAAGCCUGCCACCCAGUGCAUUUCAGAUGGCAAGCUAAAUGAGGGUCGCACAUUGGACAUGGACCUUGUUUUUCUCUUUGACAACAGAAAAGUCACCUAUGAAACUCAAAUCUCUCCACGGCCCCAACCUGAGAGUGUCAGCUGUAUCCUUCAGGAGCCCAAGAGGAACCUCUCUUUCUUCCAGCUGAGGAAAGUGUGGGGCCAGGUCUGGCACAGCAUCCAAACCCUGAAGGAGGACUGCAACCGACUGCAGCAGGGACAGCGAGCUGCCAUGAUGAAUCUCCUCCGAAAUAACAGCUGCCUUUCUAAGAUGAAGAACUCCAUGGCCUCCAUGGCUCAGCAGCUCAAGGCCAAGUUGGACUUCUUUAAAACCAGCAUCCAGAUUGACCUAGAGAAGUACAGUGAGCAAACCGAGUUUGGGAUCACAUCAGAUAAACUCCUGCUGGCCUGGAGGGAAAUGGAACAGGCUGUGGAACUGUGUGGGCGGGAGAAUGAUGUGAAGCAUCUGGUGGAACGGAUGAUGGCGCUGCAGACUGACAUCGUGGACUUGCAGAGGAGCCCGAUGGGCCGGAAACAGGGGGGCACGCUGGACGACCUAGAGGAGCAAGCAAGGGAACUUUACAGGAGACUAAGGGAAAAGCCAAGAGACCAACGAACAGAUGGUGACAGUCAGGAAAUGGUACGACUGCUACUUCAGGCAAUUCAAGGCUUCGAGAAGAAAGUGCGAGUGAUUUACACACAGCUCAGUAAAACUGUGGUUUGCAAGCAGAAGGCAUUGGAAUUGUUGCCCAAGGUGGAAGAGGUGGUGAGUCUAAUGAAUGAGGAUGAAAAGACUGUCGCCCGUCUUCAGGAGAAGCGGCAGAAGGAGCUUUGGAACCUCCUGAAGAUUGCAUGUAGCAAGGUCCGUGGUCCUGUCAGUGGAAGUCCAGAUAGCAUGAAUGCUUCUCGACUCAGUCACCCUGGUCAACUAAUAUCCCAGCCUUCUACUGCCUGUAAUAGCUUACCUGAGUCAGCAAAGAAAAGUGAAGAACUGGUGGCUGAAGCACAUACUCUCUGCAUCCAGCUAGAAAAUGCCAUGCAAGACACUGUGAAGGAGCAGGACCAGAGUUUUAUGACUCUGGACUGGAGCUGGUUACAGAUGGAGGAUGAAGAACAGGGUGGCUUGGAGCAGGCCUCCUGAGUGGGGGCCUCCCUCACCUUGCCAUUGGCUCUCCCACAGUGGUUCCAGCAGUGAUGGUGUCUCAGCAGUCUCCAGCACCUAGAUGGAGAGCUCACUUUCCCAGUAGCUGUGAUACUCGCCCUGGACCAAAGGUGUUGCCCUCAGUAGGCAAUGUUGGCCCUCGUUUGUACUCUGGAGGUCCUCUGCCUCAGUGGCUCAGGAGAUGCCUGUGCCAGUCACGAGUCUUCAGGGAAACAGAGCCUCAGAAGCUUCUUUCUCUGCUGUGAAAAAAGUAUUCAGAGUAUGGUUUGCCACUUAGACCACUGGACAAAUGUCUAACUCGAAUGUUUCAGGACAAAGUCUGAGCAGCACUUGCUGCCAACCUGUCCUCUCAUGACCCCGCCUGGCCUCCAGAGAGACUCUUAUCUGCCUUUUCUAUCUCAUCUUAUAGCUAGGGUUUCAUCUAGAUCCAGCUUCUCUUAAAUAGACAUUUUAAUCAUAGGUUUAGCCUGGCUCAUUUCACUGCUGCUAAAUUUUAUUUUUACUUACCAUGCUGGUGGUCAUUUGGCAAAUGACCUUUAGCUAAAUUUUAUUGAUGCCAGGCUCCCCACUGUCUGUGGUUCUUUCAGCCACAGAGUGACUCACUAGGGCCAGGAUGGAGGUGCAACUGCCUUCUUUUAAGUCCCAAAGAUUACCUGAGAGUCAGUUGUCAUAGAGAAGAAGAAAAGUGUCUUCAACUACUAGCCUUCUGACCACUGUGCCUACCCCUCAGUCCCUGUCAGAUAUGUGUGGCGGUGGGAUAUGGGGUGUUCCUGCCUCUCACAUCAGCUAGCAGUAUUAUUAAAUCGGCUUAUUUUACAAAUAGUUUCUAUAUUGUGUGACAUGACUCAAAUACUUAUUUUGGGUUCCACAUAUUUUGGGUUUCCAACAUAAUGGAAAAUUUUGUAAAAUUGAAUGGUGUCUGAAUAGUAAGUAGUACAGUAUGACUGCUUCAGUAUUUUAUAAAACCUUUUAAUAUAUAUGCAUAUUUAUAAGCAAGAAAAGAAAAUGAGUUCAGAUGGUCACAAAUAGGUGCAUUUGGUUACAGAAGAAAGCUGUAGCAAAGGAAUUUUACCAAGUUACUGCCAUGGAGAUUGUAUUAAGCAGUCCCUAAUCAAGUAAGUUUAGGAAAUGCUUCAUGCUUUUAUUGCUUCUUAGAGAUUCACGUUGUAUACUUGUAACAUAUCUAAGAAGUAUUACAAUAAAGAAACUGGCUACUGGUGGAGUGGCUCAAGUGAUAAAGCACCUGCCUAGCAAGCAUGAGACCCUGAGUUCAAAUCUCAGUGCCACAAAAAAAAAAUUACAAGAAACUGGCUUAACUUUAUAUAAAUCCACUGUUGACCAAUGUCAUUUGACCAUAGAACUCCUCUUCCAAUAUGUAUAUUUAACAUUUAUUAUUAUCCAAAAGAUCUAGAGUUUCUUAGAAAACUUGUUUUUAGAAACCCUGGUAAGGUUUUUAGUUCCUGGUAAGGAACUCCAUGGGAAAUAAGACGAGAAAGACUGGGAUGAGGUCAGAUUGGAGGGAAGUGAAUGCUGUGCUAAGUGGGCUGUGGAUUUAUUUUAUAGGCAGUUGGGAAUCAUAGAAGAACUGAAUUUUAGAAUUUCAGUAGCCUUUAUGCCUUUCAUUUUGUCUCUGUCCCUUUCACUCUAAGCUGGUUUCUGCUGACAUAACAUUCUCAAAAUUGUUGUAGGUCUAUCUACUAUGUAUGCCACAGGGUUCCAUGCAUCAGACAAAAUAUCCUCCACAUAUUUUCUAGAACAGCAUCAUGUCUUUUCCAGAUUUGAAGUCAAAUGGUUGAGUGGGCCUGUGAGUCACGUGCCUAAUCUCUUCAAUGAAAGGUUGUCCAGCACACCCUUGACUUCCUCUUGAGGGCAUGCUUUCCCAGAAAGUGAAUCUUUUUAAUUUUAGCAUCCUUUGCAAUCUGACAGGCCAACAGUCUUCCAGAUCAUCAAGUGCUGUUUUUUGUUUUGUUUUGUUUUGCUUAAGAAUUCCUCAAUUUAUAUCAACCUUCUUGUAUUUUAUCAUAAGCUGCAAGGAGAAAUCAGGCUGCAUUGUCAUGUUUUGCUUGAAAAACUGGGGUAAAUAACCAAAUGCACUGCUUACAAGUUCUGCUUUUCACACAACUGUGAAACACAGUUCAGAUAAAUUUUCUGCCACUAAAUAACAAGGAUAACCUUUCCUUCAAUUUCCAGUACUGUUUCUGAUUUUUUUCUGAGGCCAGCCAGUAAUGACUUUAGCAUUUGUAUGUCUAUAAUUAUUCUGUUCAUGACAAAUAUGUAUAUUCUAAGGUGAUGGAUGCUUGUUCUACCAUGCUUCUAACUUCCUUGUGAGCCUUCACCAGCAAUUUUUAACAUCCAUAUUUUUGUUCAUGGCAGUCUAGGCCUUUUCUCUUAUGCACCUUAAUACUCUCUCAUCCUUUGUAAUACUCAUUAUCUAAAUCCAAAGCAACUGUGACAUUUUUAGUUUUUGUUACAGUAGCAUCCCACUUUAUGUUUUUGGUGGUACUGAGGUUGAACUCAGGGCCUUUCUCUUGCUAUGCUCCUGC